AUCGGAUAUGCAAUUACACGCAUGCGCGCAGAACCUACUUUCACUGUAUUUUGAUCCUUCUAACAUUAGCCUGGAGAGGCUUGGGAAUUCCCCAGGACAACUAUUUUAGCAAGACGCCUUGACUUGAAAACAGCUUAAGACGGUAACAUUUAUUUUACUCCUUAAAUAACUUUUUAAAAGAUUAACUUGAUCAGUUAGAGCUUAGGUGCAGCGCCCUGCGCUGUUUUCUUAGCCUGGUCCUAGCACUUUAGCUUGCAAGCUAGCCAACUGCUACUGUCAAGCUGCCAGCUUGACAGCACAGCUAACGUUAGCUUGUUACUUUUCUUUAGACAGUUUGCUAUCAGGCUAGCUACUAAAAGUAAAUAUACACCAAUUUUAACCAGCUGUUAUUGCCAUUAUUGCAGAGGAAUCUAUAAAAAAAAAAAGGUGCAUAGCUAGCUAGCAACGGUAUUCGUAAUGGCUGGUAUUCAGCCCAGGUGCGAUUCUGGAAAGCUGCCUACACGGCCUGAACUUCACUUCGGGCUUGAAAAACACGACGCUCUGUGUACUUCUACACCGGAGGAUUGGUGCGACAGUGGGCUAGAUUGUCUGAGUGGAGCAGCGCUGAGUCUGGAUGACCCCUUCAGCAACGAGACAUCCCAAACAUGGGUGCCCGGGUCCCCUCCGUACACGACCUCCUACCCAUCACUGGAUGACACUGACAAGCGCCCCAUGGACUGUAGUUCACCAGGGGGUGAAGAGAGGUUGGACUCGGCUAUAGGGGACUCAAUUACAGAUGAGACUAUGGGGAGUAUAUCACAGGGGCUGGGGACCAUGCACCUGAAUGAACCAGUUAUCAGUGACACAGUGGAUGACAGUGGGAGGCAAGCGGCACUGAUCCCAGAGGAGGAAAAACGGAGAAGAGAGAUGUUCAACACACUGAACUUUGUGUCUGAGGAUGGAGACACGGCUCUUCACCUGGCUCUUAUUCACGAGCACGGGGCCUUCGUACAGUACCUUCUGGGGGUGAUAGCGCUGGACAGGAGCUGGGUGCCUUACCUGGACAUCCAGAACCACUUGGGACAGACUGCCCUUCACCUGGCUGUCAUAGUGGACCAGUCCCAGUUUGUGCGAGGGCUGCUGUGGGGUGCUGCGAGUGCUGAGCUCCAGGAGAGGGGAGGGAACACACCGCUGCACCUGGCUGUCAGGGAGCUGAGACAGGACUGUGUACGAGAGAUCACCUCCAACUGCCAGAGCACUGACUACCUGCAUGUCACCAACUACUCGGGGGUGAGUGCACUGCAUUUGGCAGUACAGAGGGGCAAAGAGGACAUAAUCAGCAUGCUGAUUGAUGCAGGAGCCAAUGUUAACCAGAGGGACCUGGGCUCAGGCCGCUCCCCUCUACACUGGGCCGUUGAGUCCCAGAGCCCCAGGCUGGUGCAGCUGCUGCUGCAGGGGGGGGCCAAUGUAGACCAGCCCUCCUAUGCAGGCCACACGGCCCUCUACUGCGCCCUGCACAGGCCCAACAAGGAGGUACAGGCCCUGCUCAAGGCUAGAGGGGCCUCUGACACACAGGUCCAGGAUGAAGAGGAUGAGGAAGCAGAGGAGAGGGAGAGCGAAGAUGAAGAGUUUGAUGACGUUGUUAUCAAUGGACAACGAGUGCACUAACCAUGAACAUGGACACUAAGCCACAUGGAGUCAUGGCGCUGCUGUUGGGCUAAGCUAUAGAUGUAGAUUGUGUGUGUGGUUCGUGUAUGUAUGUGUGCCUGUAAAUUGUAUAUAUCAAGGCUGCUGGGGAACUCCAGUUCUCAACCCAGUCAGGAACUAAGUUGUUCGAAUUAGCUGAUCACAGUUGUUCCUGCUUCAAAUUAGUUCCCUUAAAUUGGGCAGAGGGCAAGCUAAUAUUAGUUGGAUCACAUGGGUUUUAGUGUCUAUCUGGAGCUAAGCUUGCCAAGACUAGUAUUGCCUACUCUAAGCAUGGGAGAAUGAUCCAACCAUGGACUCAGCUGUGUGCUGUCAAACUCAAAUCAUGGCCCCGCCCACUAGUGGCCACAUCUCUUGUACAUGUCCCACCCCACCGUUGGCUCACAUGCAACUCCACUGCUCAGAUGGGCUGCUGAUACCCAUCUUCAGGGUAAUCUAUGGUGCAAAGUCAGAAAAGGUUUUGAUGUCUAAAUACCCAGUAACACAUUGAUACUGCAGUGUGCUGUAACACAGACCAGUUGGAUUAGAUUUGUCUAUUAUUAUUUUUUAAAUAUGUCUCUAUAAGCUAAAAAAAUUGCAGCUCGAUUAAGUUCUCAAAUAACCCAUACUGUAUGUUUUAAGUUCAAGCUAUUGCUAAGGGGCAGAUAUAGCUGGCAUUUGGGGACCCCCCCCCUGUUUGCUAAUUGUGAAAUUAGGCUAUAGAUAAGAGAUGUGGGUUUGGGAUUAAAGUAGUUGGAUUAUCUGAGAUGUUUGCAUUAUUAACGGUUCAGGGUUAGGGGAAGAUGUGAAUGUACAUCAGGUAGAGGUUAAUGCAUGCCAAGGUAAGUAGUUCAUUUGGGAUGGAAAGAGAAAGGAGGGGCAAACUCAACACAUUGGUACUAAAUCAUCUUUGCUUCCAGUUGAAAAAUAAAUUAUAAUUCACUUAUUCGAGAACCUCUGCAAGUCUACAUGAAUUGAUAUUUGACCUAUCGCAUGGGUAAAGUGAUCCAGCUAUUUCAGUAAUGGAUCAAUCCCUGAAUAGGAGUGCUCUAACCAGGGCCUGAUUGUCCCUGGAGUGAUGUUGUCAUUCAGUCCAUUUUAUGUACAGUUCACCAAUUAAAGACGGAACUACAAGAAGCAAACACAGGGACCCACCCAGAACAAGGUUUGGAGAUCCCUGGUCUAAAAGAAUCUGGUGUAUAUUCGCUUUGUGCAUUUUGCCGUUUUUGUAUUAUUUUGAAGGAUUGACUGGUGAUUUGACAGGCUAGGACGCCUCUGUGUUUGCUCGUCAGCAGGAGCAUGGUGUCUACAUGAUUAUUGUAAUUAAAACUAAAAUAAAUACAGUAUUAAGAGGC